CUACGCUCGCUGACACCAACACCAACGGCACAGGUCUUCCGUCGUCUACGGUGCUUGCAGGGUGGCUGUGUAGCGACGCGUUCGCCACUACAUCAUCACUUUUAGGUCUACCGCGAACGGACGCGCGAGUGCGCGAGUGCAUGCGCCACGGUCUGACGAAAAGAACCGGAAUCCGGAUCGUCGCUCUCGGCAGGGUGACUGGAGCAACGCGUAGAGUGUUCGGUAACGGAAGCAGUUUGGUAUUUUGCAGAUACCAGCACCAACACUGUUGCACCGCGUUUGCCACCACUUUAAUGCAGCGAAACCGUAACCAUUGCCUAUGCCCACCAACCGGAGGCUGAAGUGAAGUGUGAAUAAGACAAAAGCGUUCGUUUGUCUUUCCGACCCUCCAAGGUGGUGUCGCUCGUGGAAGCAGGUAGUGAAGGAAGCGAACGGAGUGCAGUGUAAAGGUUCUGUUGGGUGGUGUACAGUGAAAACGGAAAGAAGCAACCAUUCACCAGUUUGUUUCACCAGAGGUCUUAGCCGCAGCGAGGUCACAGCAGUGUCUUCUCGAGCAAAACACGCUACCGCCGGCAGUUGGGCUGAGAAAAUUGUGCCCACCAACGGAACGCGGACUGAAGAUCACAUCCAAUUGACCUACAUUUGACUCUUGCCUCACGCUGCAGGAAGUGGCUGUUUGUUGGUUAAAAAUAGAAAAGCCAGCCUUACCAGUGUGCCAUUGGCGUGAACUCUCCCGGCAAGCUUCAGGUGACCAGAUGAGCUAACACCACGCUAAGCUAGCCGAUCGGAAGCGCUGAUAAAGCCAACUGCACUUGAGCAGCAGCAGCAGCGGUGCAUCGAGGCGGUGUCAUCCCUGCCCCAGACCGCUAACGCAUCAUAAGAAGACCUUCAAUUGGAAUUUUAGUCUGCAUUGUCCGGCACACCGGGCCGCACCGGGGAACGAUGUUACCCCGAUGGAAAGUGUUCGUGUUGUUCGUUACGAUUGGCCUGCUGGUUGUACCAUGUUACUGCAACUUGCCACCGGUUUUCACGCAGGAUAUGAACAAUCUCGCCCUGUCCGAGCAGACACCGGUCGGGGCGGUGGUGUACAAGCUCGAAGGCUACGACCCGGAGGGCGGUAACGUUUCGUUCGGUUUGAUCGGCUCAGAUAACUUCAUCGCCGAUCCAAUCUCGGGCGACGUGCAGGUGAUCAAGGAGCUCGAUCGCGAGGCUCAGGAUACGCUGUCCUUCUCCGUUUCGAUUCGGGACCGUGUCAGCGCAACCGGCAUCGAGUCCGAGAAUGACAACAUAGUUAACGUUCCGAUCACCAUCAUCGUGCUGGACGAGAAUGAUAACCCGCCGGAGUUUCAGAAUGUACCGUACGAGACGGAGGUGCUGGAGAACGCCCUACCAGGAACGACCAUUUUCGACGGCAUCCUGGUGACGGACCGGGACACCGUUGGCGAGAACCUGGACGUGUCGUGCAUUCCGCAGCCCCAGAACCCGGACGCGUGCGAAAAGUUUGCGAUCGAGGUGACGGACAGCCAGCAGGACCGGCUGACGGCGGCGGUCGUGCUGAAGCAACCGCUCGACUACAACGAGCGCAUGAUCUACCAGGUGCUGCUGGACGCCAGCGACGGGCUGUACAAUGCUUCGGCCGGGCUGGAGAUACACGUUCGGGACGUGCAGAACGCGCCGCCAGUGUUUCAGGGCUCGCUGGCAGCCGUCAUCAACGAGGACAGCCCGAUCGGCACGCUCGUGAUGGUGAUACAGGCGCGAGACGGCGACCGGGGCCAGCCGCGCAAGAUUGUGUACGAGCUGGUGACGAACCCGAUGGACUACUUUCUGCUGGACAAACACACGGGCGAGCUGCGGACAGCGAAGCCCCUCGACAAGGAAGCGCUGCCGGACGAUACCGGGCUGAUCAUACUGACGGUGAAGGCGCGCGAAGUGGUGGACGGUGUGCCGGGCAACGACAAUCUGACCGUCGCCAGCACGCAAGCAUCCAUCACGAUUCGCGACGUAAACGACUCCCCGCCGAUGUUCAACAAAACCGAGUACUUUGUGUCGCUGUCGGAAAACACGGCCCCGGGCACGCCACUGCCGCUCGAGAUUAGUGUGCGCGAUCCGGACGUGGGGGAGAAUGCAGAGUUUGCACUGCGCCUGAACGACGUCUCGAACGUGUUCGACGUGGAGCCGAAGCUGGUUACCGGCUCGUCGCAGAUCAGCAUCCGCGUCGCCAACGGUACGCUCGACUACGAAAAUCCAAACCAGCGCAAGUUUAUCGUGCUGCUGAUAGCGGAGGAAACGAAAACCAACCCCAAGCUAUCGUCGACGGCCACGCUGACCGUGGCAAUCACGGACGCGAACGACAACAGGCCCACGUUCGAGCAGGACUCGUACUCGACCACCGUAUCGGAGACGGCCCAUCCGGGGCAGCUGAUAACGACGAUCACGGCGAAAGAUCUCGACUCGGGCCUGUACGGGGACCAGGGCAUACGGUACUCACUGUCCGGUACGGGCUCGGAGCUGUUCAGCGUGGACGCGAUAACGGGUGCCAUCUCGGUUGCCGAUUGUCCCGGCAGCGGUGUCGAACGUACCGCCGGCGAGAUGCAACCGGUAGCCGGCCAGCUCGUUCGGCGACGGCGGCGCCAAAUACCGACCCGGUCCGAUCUGCAGCACGAGCAGCACCAGAACGCAUCGGCCCGGGGCAUCGAGUACAUGACGUAUCGCAUUGUCAACAGUGGCGAAUCGAACGAGUACCACGACGUGAACGUAAUAGCACCGCCGACAAUAUCAACACUCUACGAUAGCUUCGAAACGACCACACUGGAGCAGCAGCCGCAGCAGCAGCUGGUGGAGGAGCUGGCCCUACCGACUACGGUUCGCAUCGAGCCGCUGCUCACGAACGAUAUACAGCACCCGCGGCAAUCGGACGGCCCCGGCAAGGCACCCUGCCUCGACUACGAAACACAUUCGGUGUACUACCUUUCGUACCGGGCGACCGACGACGAGGGCCGGGGACAAACGUCGGUCGUAUCGGUGCGGAUCAGCCUGCUCGAUGCGAACGAUUCGCCGCCGGUCUGUGAAAGCCCCCUGUACCGGGCGUCGGUCGACGAGGGUGCGACAGCGUUCGAGCCACCGCUCAUCAUUAGGGCCCGGGAUCCGGACGUCGUUUCCGAAAUCAACUACCGCAUCAUCGGCAACGAGGCCGUCACACGGCAUUUCGAAAUCGAUAAACGCACCGGUCAGCUGACGAUAUCGAAAACGGUUGCGCUCGAUGUGAACCACCUAAGGUCGGAAAAUGUGUUCUUUGGCGUCGAGGCUACCGAUGGGCUGUACACGACGCUCUGCAAUGUGAACAUCACCAUCCGAGACGUUAAUAACCACGCACCGCAGUUUGCUCGGGAAAACUAUCUCACCUCGAUCGAGGAAAACUUUCCAAUCGGCACCGUAGUGGAGCGACUGCAAGCGAUCGAUUUGGAUACAGGAAUCAAUGCGGAGAUCAGGUAUCGCAUUCAGCAGGGUAGCUUUGAUGAUUUUGCGAUCGACAAUAGGACCGGUGUCGUUAGCAUUGCCCGCAAGCUGGACUACGAUCGACGCAACACGUACCAGAUGGAGAUUGUGGCGUCCGACUCCGGCACACCCAGCCUGUCCGGCACGACGAUGCUGACGGUGAGCAUUAUCAACAGCAACGAUAAGGCGCCCUACUUUACGCCGACCACGCAACGGGCGGAGGUGAGCGAAGAUGCACCGAUCGGGACGCUGGUGCAUACGCUGGUCGCUGUCGAUCCGGACGUGGCAUCGAGCGAGUCGCUGGACUAUGCGGCCACCGAGCCAAUCACCGCGGUGGACAAGAACGGCAAGGAGGUGGGCGAGAUGGAAGACUUCAAGGAUAUGUUUAUGAUCGAUCGUUCCGGCAAGGUGUUUGUGAAUCGACGCUUGCUGCGGGACAGCUUUGCGGUCAUACGCAUCACGGUACUCGUGACCGAUACGACGGCACCAUCCAUCCAGCAGGGCGAAGGACUUCUCAUCAUCACGAUUACGGACGUUAAUGAAGAGCCACCGCUGUUCGCACCACCGUGGACACCGGAGAACCCGCACUAUCACUACCAGGUGGUCGAGGAGCAACCGAUCGGUACCAUCCUGACGACGGUGCAAGCAACAGAUGCCGACUCGACGAUUGCCGAAUACCGGAUGACGGAAAGCAGCUUUUUCGAGAUCCACAACACCACAGGGCUGGUGCGGAGCAUCGCACGUAUCGACUACGAGGCGACGCCGGUGAUAAAGUUCAACGUGUCCGUCAUCGAUACCGGCGUGCCGCAGCUAACCUCCACCGCCCAGAUCACGGUCGAGGUGGUCAACACGAACGACAACGAUCCGGAGUUCGAGCAGCCCGAGUACAUGCUGCAGGUGCGGGAAAACAGCCCCGUCGGCACGCUGGUCGGCAUGGUGCGGGCCCGCGACGCCGAUGCCGGCCUGUACGGCCAGCUGACGUACACGAUCGUGGGCGAUCACAGUGGCAACUUUGUGAUCGAUCCGGACACCGGCGCCAUCACCGUGCACAACGCGUCGGCGCUCGAUCGGGAGACGGAGCAGGAGGCGAGCCUGACCGCGAUUGCGACGGACCGAGCGCCGGAGGGCAUGCGGCGGUCGACCACGGUCCCGGUGCAGAUCCGCGUGCUGGACGAGAACGAUAAUGGGCCCACCUUUACGCAGCAGAUCUAUCACGCGACGGUGGCGGAGAAUGCAGCGCUCCAUCCGCCGGCUGCGAUUUUGCAGGUAAUGGCCACCGAUCCGGACGAGGGAGCAGCAGGAGACGUCAAGUACGCCAUCCUUUCGGACAAUGUGGGCGGCAUUUUCCGGCUGGACGCGAACUCGGGCAUCCUCUACCCGGGGGCCAGCCUAAUAGGGAAAAGUGGUCAGUACCGCAUCGAUAUUGAGGCGCGUGAUGGAUUAGGCUCGGGACCGCACAACGACGCAGCCACAAUAGUGAUCGAAAUCCAAAGUAUCAAUCAGCAUCGGCCCGUGUUCAUCAUGCCGGCACUCUACAAUGCCACGGUGGAAAUACCGGAGAAUCUUGCUUCUCCCGAUUACUUGGUGAUGACUGUCAAGGCGACUGAUAACGAUUCGGGUUCGAAUGGAAAAGUUCUCUACUACCUACAGGUCAACAGUGUAAACGUGCAGGAGACGGACGAGUUUAGCAUCAACGAGAUGUCGGGCGAGCUGCGCAUCCGCCGCCAGCUCGAUCGUAAGCGCCAGUCCCGGUACGAGCUGAUCCUGGUCGCCCGUGACCAAGGUACGCCGGCGUGGUUCGAAACGCUCCGCUUCCUCACGGUGCUGCUGGUCGAUGUGAACGAGAACUAUCCCGAGUUUCCGGACGCAUCGAAUCCGUACAAAUUUUUCAUCACCGAAAAUGGAGCGCGCGAUGUGCGGAUCGGCAAGAUCCAGGCGUUCCUGGACAGUCCCAACCCGGCCAUCUUCUACUACAUGCUGGUCGGCAACGAGGACGGUGCGUUCUACGUGGACAAAACGAGCGGUGACCUGUACACGAACCGGUCGGUCGACCGGGAAGAGAACGACCUGUACGUGCUGUACGUGCUGGCGAGCAAGCAGUCCGACCUGUACGUUAGCGAGCACGAGCGGGCCCUCCUGUCGAUGGACCAGCUGGAGCGGAACGCAACCAUUGCGAAGGUGUGGGUGCACGUGCUGGACGUCAACGACAAUGCGCCCGUGUUCAAGCGGGACGUGUACUACGCCGGCAUCAGCUCGAAAGCUUCGAUCAACGAGCUCGUCACGAUCGUCAAUGCGACCGAUCGGGAUCUGGGCGUGAACGCGACGCUGGACCUGUUCAUACGCGGCUCGUAUCUGUACAAGUACGGCGCUACCAAGACGACGGGCAGCAUUGUGCCGAGCCCGUUCGCCAUCUCGAAGGACGGGCGUGUCGUAACGGCCAACUAUAUGGCGGAGUACAACCAGGACCGGUUUGUGCUGGAGAUUGUCGCGAAGGAGAUCGAAUCGCCGGAGCGUGAGGCGGUCACCCGCGUACACGUGUGGAUUUUCAACCCGGAGCAGCUGGUGCGCAUGAUACUGUCCCGGCCUCCGUCCGAGGUGCAUCAGGAUCGGGACGAGAUUGUGUCGGAGCUGGGCAAUGCGACGCAGCGGCUUAUCAUCGUGGACGAGAUCCGAUAUCAUGUGGACAGUCUCGGGCGCAUACGCAUGGAUUGGUGCGAUAUGUACUUCCACGCGGUAGACAUGACCACGCAGAUGAUCGUACCGGUGGAGGAGAUCUUGCGGGAGAUCGAUGCCAAAUAUGAUUUCCUACAGGAUUACAAUGCUGGCUUCUCGAUAAUGAAUGUGGUGCCAGCGUACGCUACCACGGUGCAGGAUGAGUUUGAUCUGGCACUGGCGGCGUUGAUUGCACUGCUGAUUGUGCUGUUUGUUGGUGCGGUUAGUUUUAUUGUGCUCUGCUGUUGCUUGAAGCACUGGUCGAUCACGAUACCGAGCGAAACGAGAAGAAAGGAUGCGCUGAUCAAAAAGCAAAUCAUAGAAGACUUAAACACCACCGAAAAUCCACUGUGGAUUGAGCAGAAGCUAAAGCUCUACGAGGAGCAGGAGCUAACGAUGCAGGUAUUCUCCGAGCCGGAGAUGUCGCAGCAGCAGUCCAUGAACCACUCGAACAGCACCAACAGCUCGCAGGAUCCUCCCUCGCAGCUUUCGCUUACGCUUGGGCUCGACCAUCACCAUCAGCUGCACCACCAUCAGCAGUCGGCGGCGCACCAGCAGCGACGGGACUCGUACGAUCUGUCGCAGGCCGGUGACAACACGUACGCUACCAUCCAGCCGCGCAACUACGGCACCAGCAACCUCAGCACGGUGCUGGGCAGCUCGCUGGCACCGCCCGGUGCCUUAAGCUCGUCCGGUGUUACCAGCCCCAGUGCGACGAGCUCGAGCGAGGUGGCCGAUUACGCGACGUUGCGCAACAGUCGUGCCCCUUCGCAGCUGUUCGAGUUCCGUGGCUCUACGUUUCAGGUGCAACAACCGGGCGGCACGGAUCAACCGGAUUAUGUGACGGAGCUUAUGUAGGUUGGAUGGACGGCCGCCACCAGCCGCCAGUUGGACGAAGGGCGGGUUCCCGUUCUAUUCGCACAGCACAGUUAGAGUAACUUAGCAGUAGGAUUCUUUUCCGUAGAGUUGUUUUUACUCGCAUACUUGGAAGCAUUCCGGGCGCAAAUCCCCGUAGAGUUCGUAGAGUAAUUUGCACACGGAACUAAAGUACAGUGGCGCCUACAGUGCUGCGAUAGUGAACUGGUUCGCUACCAGAAUUGAUGGAUGGCAUAGCAUCGCUCAAAGCGUGUCCCAACAGGCCCCAUAAGUAGGGCGUGUUUAAGGAAGGAAGGGCACGAACAUAACCAACAAGACUUAAGCAAACGAAGGAAAUGGAUGCACACAGGCUCAUCGAUGAGCGAAUUACGAGAUUAAAUGAUAGAGACAAUAAAUAGAUUUUACUGCGAGCGUUGGGUGCGCCAUGUGUACCGGUGACAGGCGUAGCACUGGCAAGGAAAUAGCUACGGAUAAAAUGCGACGGAAAUAACCCCGUUUCAAUCAUUUCGUGCACGUAUUGUGUGUACUUCCAUCAAUUAAUUUAUUUUCAAUCAUUAUCACACCAUUACCUUAACCUCUCCCAUCGCAACGGAAUUAAUCAUCCUUCACGUUGGUGCAUUUAUAAGCAUUUCCGUGGGUGGCGAGGUGGCCCAAUGCCGGGGCUGCAGUUAUCCGGUGUUAUUUGCCACUGCUGGAGGUUUUUUUUUCUGCCGCAUGUGUGUAUUGUGCAACAUCAUUGUUAAGCACGGUGCAGGAGCAGAAGGAGUAGCGGGGGGAACAACAACAUGUCACCCGUUAGCCGCUCGAUUGGUGGUCAAUUCAUUAGCGGCCGCAAUUUUAUGCUUCACGCUCAUUAUUCUUCGGCCUCGGCUCGUUUGCAUGCAACGAUAACGAGGGAUUUCUGCGGUGGCAGAAUUAAUAUGAAGGGAAAUAUCGGUGACCGAGUAGCAAUGGCAGCGAAUAAAAAAUGAACAAAACAAAGCAGAAAGCUGGCAGGGGCGACGAGGCAUAAAGGGCCACCUCCAUCAUGCGAGUAUCAGGCACACAAUUGAUUGUUGAUCCUAUAAGCCGUACAACGUGCCGUUUAAUCAUUUCCGUUCUGUUUCGGUUGCCGUACCACCGGCCCUUUGAGUUUUGUGUUCUCUCCCUUUCUCUCUCUCUCGUUUGCACUAUUGUUAACUUUAACCUCAUUUUCAUGUCAUUAUUAUAUAUGUGCACUACAAUGUUCCCUUUUUUUGCUCCAACUUUGCCUCUUUAAACAUUGAUUUUAAUGCAUUCAAUUAAACGAGAUGAAAGGAUCGACAUUGCAAAGUAUAACUGCAUGGGAGGUCAUCAGCACACAUUGGCGCCUCAUUAGCAGCGACAAGUCCCGUUUUUCCUACUUUCGCUCGCACCCUUGACUGAUGUGAACCGCAAAAAGCGGUACGGUUCGUUUUGUAAUGCAAAUGAUAAAUAUUAGUUUACGUUGUUUGUUUUUUUUUGGUUGCUGUUGCUUCUGUUUGGUUGCAUUACAUUGUACCGCAGUUUACUCGAUAAGCUGCUGCAUGCAUUUCGGCCUGCAUUUCUCGCCCUCGCAGUAGCUUUCGUAACAUAACUUUACAUUCAAUUGUCAUCCUGGCUGCGUGCCAAACGAUACACACAGAAUCCUUUUUUUUAAUAUCAAGCUACCGCCUCGUUUUCCCAACACUACUAUCGCUACUUAAUUUUUCACGUUUUCCGAGCUUAUCCCCAGUGCGAACGGUGUCGUGCGGCAAUGGCCACCCAGCUAGGCUAGGCUUGAUUGGGCCAGCAAAUUAAACAAAAAAAGAGAUCACAAAAAUCUGUACAUAAUUACAAUAAUGAAUGAGAAUGUUUAAAAGCUGAUUUUAAAUCAAUUAAACGGUUCACAGUGCAUGGCGACCGCGCGAUGGUCUCGUGUGCAAGCGAUGUAAAAAAAGAAGAUGUUUUUAUGUUAAAAAGUUCAGCGAGUGUGAACGCGCUGGGAAAUGUGAACCAAUCAAAAGGCCACGAAAACACUCUCGUACACGAUUGAACUCAAUGUACAAAGCAAACUCAAGUUAAACAGCAAACACGUGUAGUUUUGGUCAGAAGCAAUGAAGUAGAGAAGGCAUUGGCUAAAAUAGUUCAGUUAAAGUGCAGAUCAGUUGAAAUCAAUCGGUAAGUUUUCUGAACAAAGCGAGUGGUACAGUGGUGGAGAUAGAUCUGUUCGCCCUUAGGUAAGAUCAUUUAAUUCGUGUUAAAAUGGUACGUUUUUUGAUGCAGUGUUUUUUAAUAAUUGUAUGUUUUUCUUCUUCUCUUGAAAUUUUAAUACUUGUUCGGUAUAAGGUACGAAAAUUGUUUACUCUUAAUUUAUCUAUUUGCACCUGCAUUUAACCGUGAACCAUGGUUUCUGUACAGUGUAUGCGGGAACUUUCCUGGGCAGGGUUGUCGUAGAGCAGUGUGUGUUUGUGAAACGGAAUGGAAGCGUUAAUACAUAAGUUGAUAGACAAAAUGUGUACACGUUCUUCCCUACAAAAAAACAACACAAACUAUUGUAUGAAGUGUAAUACAAUGUUAGGGAAAAAUAAAAGUUUUUAAGCAAAAGUA